GCCGAAUUUUGGACAAACUUACCUAACUCUGAAGAAGACUAUGAUACGCUUAAAAACCUAUAUAAAAAUAGGUUUUUAAAUACUUCUUUACAAUCUUUGUCAACUGCUGAAUCAUUCUGGAACUGUUUUCGUAAUAGUUACGAUGCAAAUUUUAGAGGAAUUGAUGAUGAAUUUGCAGGAUAUAUUCGUGCUCGUUCUCUUUCUCAUAUAGGUGUAUGGACUGAAUUCCGGCCUGAACAGAUCGCUACUUUUUAUAACAGACCAACUCCUAUAUUUUCUGAGCCACCUAAACCCAAAACUGCAUGGUCAAUGCUAGCUUCUAGAAAAACAGACACAGAUAGCAAUAAAACAGACAACAAAUCAGGUAAUCGUCUUAGUCAACCUAUGACCAUUGCGUCAGGAAUCUCUACCAAACAGGGAAUUAGUAGUGAUGAAUCAAAUGAAACGUCAGAUUUUAUUAGAG